AUGCGGGCCGUGAGCGGGCACCUUUUCUGGGGGGCGUUGAUGCUGUCACUGGCCAGUCUGGGCCAGAGCGACAAUGUGUACGACGUCGUGAUUUACUCGGCCACACCCGCAGGCCUGGGCGCGGCCUUUAUGCUGGCGAAUCUCUCCUCCACCGUCUCGAUCGCCGUGCUUGAGCCCUCUGGCUACGUCGGCGGCAUGGCCUCGCCCGGAGGCAUCGGCCUGCGCGACCACCGUUAUGCCGAGGAAAUGAGCGACAACGAACUCGUCUGGGGCAUGCUCAACGCCCGCUAUUAUAACUCCUCCGAGCCUGUCUGGCAACCAGACAAUCACGUGGGACACAGCAACUUUCUCACCAUGAUUCGCCAGUGGAAGAACAUUCAUCUCUACAUGAACACCUCCAUCCUCGAAGAUGGCGGUGUCGCCAUGGACGGUGCCCGCAUCACUGCCAUUUCAACCGAUGAUACCAACACGGGUGGAUCUGCCGUCACUUGGCGCGCCCAAUAUUUCGUGGAUGCCUCCUACGAGGGUGAUUUGAUGGCCUAUGCCGGCGCCUCCAUGACUUUUGGCCGUGAAUCCCGCGACACUUACAAUGAAUCGUAUGCCGGUGUAACAGACAGCUCGCAGGCCCAGUUUGACGUUUACGUUGAUCCCGAGUGGAAUGACGGCUCGCUGCUCUCCUUUUUGCGCAAUGGCCCCGAUCCUCGCACUCAUCUGGGCCAAGCAGAUCAUCACGUCAUGGCCUAUUCAUUUCGUGCCUGCCUCAGUCUCGAUCCCGAUAACCAGGUGCCUGUUCCACGCCCCGACGGCUACAACACAUCUGACUUUGAAAUUGCCCGUCGCUUCCUAGCCGGCGAAUUGGCCGCCAAGAAGUCUUUGCGCUUGCCCUGGGGCAACCUGCCUUACUCGGCCUACCCUCCAAACAACAAGCGCGAUGCCUGCUGCGGCUCGGGGCCCGUCGGAAUUGAUGCGCCGGGUCUCGAGUACGGCUACGUUAACGGCACCCGCGCCCAGCGUCGGGCCAUUUAUGACUUGAUCAAGUACUACGUGCAAGGAAUCAUGUAUUUCUGGUUUGCCGAUCCGGAUGCCAAUGUGCCUGCUGACGUGCGAAAGGAACAGUUUGACAACAUGGGCUUGUGCAAGGACGAGUGGCCCGAGAACGGCCAUUUUCCCCCACAACUGUGCGUGUCCCCGGCUUUCAGCGCCGAUCUACUGCGCACACACGCCCCUCGUUCUCUGCAUCGCAAAGCCGCGCUCAUCGCUGCACUACCCUCUUUUUGCGCCUUCGAUGGACCAUACCAACUUGUCUUGCAAUGGUCAGGUGACCAGGUGUAUGUGCAGAAUGAUCGCGUCGAGGCUUCGGCAGAGAAUUGCCGCAAUGACAGCAUCGGCCUCGCUGUCUGGGGGAUCGACAUCCACGAGAUGCAGCGGACUGCCGUUGUGGAUGACACCAAUACAUCACGCAAGAAAGCCUACAACGAAGGAUUGACCUCGCCCAGCAUGGGCGGCGCGUUUUGGUUUGAGCUGCCUUACUAUUUGCUGCUGCCCAAGCGUGCAGAAAUCACCAACGCUCUAAGCCCCAACACCCCCAGCACCAGCCACGUGACGUUUGCUUCUAUUCGCGUCGAGCCCACGCUGUGGCGGAUGGGUGAGGCCUCGGGUGCGGCGAUUCACAUUGCUCUUAACAACAACAACCAGGCUCUACACGACGUGAACGUCUCAGCGAUCCAGGACAUCCUUUUGGAUCAUGGUGUGCCUUAUCACUAUCCCUUCCGCUCGUCCUGUGAAGCACCGUUGCCCCCAACGCCUCAGCCAGCCCCACCGGGCUGCACCGAGUAUACUCUCUCCAAAGCCGGCUCAAGCACUGUGAAUGGCGUGUAUACCAAAAAUGGUAGCGCCUUCGACGGGCCCAACGGCGUGUCCAUUUAUCAAUAUGAGAACCAGUAUCACAUUGCCGUCUCCGGGCACACCAUUUUCUAUGCCGCGGAUGCGACCAACGAAUCUGAGCCACCAGUGGCGGGAUGGACGCCCGUGUCCGGCUCGGCCCCGGCCCCGCUCGUCAACUGCACCAAGACAGGGUGA